AACACACUGAACGCAGCACGGUCGGAACAACUAACCGGAGCUUGCUAGCGAAGAAAAUGAGCCACGUUGUUUGUACUUAAUACCCAAACAGAACACUUUAGAAGAUGUCGAUGGGGAUGGCGUAUUUCAAGAACAAUUUUUGGGGAGAGAAGAAUGCGGGGUUUGACGUCCUCUACCACAACAUGAAACAUGGACAGAUCGCCACCAAAGAGCUGGCUGAGUUCGUGCGCGAGAGGACGGCUGUUGAGGAGACCUACUCGAAAUCAAUGAGUAAACUAGCCAAGUUGGCCAGCAAUGGAAGCCCUCUCGGCACAUUCGCCCCCAUGUGGGACGUGUUUCGCGUGUCCUCUGAUAAACUGGCCCUCUGCCACCUGGAGCUCAUGAAGAAGAUGAACGACCUCAUCCGUGACAUCAACAAGUACAACGAGGAGCAGGUCAAAAUUCACCGCAAGACGAAGGAGGAGGUGAUCGGGACUUUGGAGGCCGUGCAGUGUGUUCAGGUUCAGAAUGCCCACCUCCAAAAGACCAGAGAAGGAUACCACAGCAAGUGUGUGGAGCUGGAGCGACUGCGCAAAGAGGGAGCUCCUCAGAAAGAGCUGGAAAAGGCUGAGCUGAAGUCUAAGAAAGCGGCCGAAUCUUUUGCAGGGUCUAUCAAGAAGUUCAAUCGCGCUGAAGCUGACUUUGAACAGAAGAUGAGUGAAUCGGCACAGAAAUUUCAGAACAUUGAGGAGGCUCAUCUACGACAAGUGAAGCUGCUGAUCAAAGCGUAUUCCCAUUCCAUCGAAGACACGCACGUACAGGUUGGACAGGUCCAUGAGGAAUUCAAGCAGAACGUGGAGAACAUUGGCGUUGAGAAUCUCAUUCAGAAGUUUACAGAGCAGAAGGGAACAGGGAAAGAAAGACCCGGUCCAGUUGGGUUUGAGGAGCAUCUGUCUUUACCUGAGAACAGUAAAAAGAGUCGUGCUAAAGCCUUCAGGAUCCCUGGAUUAGGAAAGAGAGACAAGGAACCUGAUUCGACGGAUUCAGCUGUGGCAGAUUCUCUUAACUCGCCCCUUGAAGUGGACGACGAGGGCUUUGUGAUACGUGCAGACGUCAAGCAGAAUGGUUGUGCUGCUGAGGUCAAGGACGGCAAUUUUUACUCCAGUGACUCGGACUUCGAUGACGAGGAACCCAAGAAAUUUCACAUUCAGAUCCGGCCGGUCGCCACUAGUAGCCGUAGCAACUCGGCAGCCAAUGAGCAGGAGCUGAAGGCUACGGUGGGGGCGUUGACAUUGCCCCCUAACAGAGCGGUGUCAGUUAAGAAACAGCUCUCACGAAACUCCAGUUCAGCGGGUCGGUCUGAAGGUGAAGGAGAAAGUGUUCCUCAGAGAGAAGGAGAACAGGAGAGUCUGCGCAGAUCCACGUCUAGCCCAGAUCACAGCAGGUUGAGCUCAAUAGCCUCCGGUUCUGACGCUCUGUUUGGACCUCCUCUGGAAUCUGCCUUUAAAUCUCACAGUUUCGCUAGCCGAGAGCAACUCCAGAAUGCCUUCGCUGCAUCUGAAUAUGCUGCAUUCUCCUCUGAUUCAUCCUCUCCUGAGAAUGUGGAGGAUUCUGGGCUGGAUUCACCAUCCCAUCAGCCCCUUGGGGUGUCCCCAGAAUCCACUGGUUGGGCAGCCUGGCCCCCGGCUCAGUCUAAAGACUCUGUAAACUUGGGUCGAUCUUCGGACCCCUUCCUAGCUGCAUUCCGCGACCCCUCGCCCGGCCGCUCUCCUCUACCACAGGCCGACCCGGCCAACGCCUGGUCUUCCGAUUUACGCUCCCCACGUGCCCCACCCGACAUCGAGCCCACUACCUUCAGAUUCCCGGCCUUCUCCCACAACCUGGCAUCUUCCGAUUUGGAACCGUCAGUAUGGAGUUGUAAACACAUCCCUCCUGAAGACCCCUUUCUGGCUGCCUUUGAGCGGAUGACCUCCAAGGACAACAUCCCUCUGCCUGAUGCCUGGGCCCCGCCUCAACCUCGGCUCACCAGGGACGGCGUCGAGGACCAAGCUGACCCCUUUUCCAACACUAAAGCUCUUCCUCCACCAUCUUCAUCAUCGUCCACCCGCAAGGACAGAGAGAGGAAAAGAGAUCGUAGUGUUCCGCCUUCAGAGUCCCAAGAAGAUCCUUUCGCUAUUACUAUGAUUGGCAGCCCAACGCAUCAGUCAUCUCUAGCAGCGCAGGCCGCUGUACAAGGCAGGGUGAAUGGAAAUAGGCCGACGCCCAGUCCAAACCCCGCCCCCAGUUCUCAUCCCAAGAAAGAGCUGGUGCAUUGGAACUCCGUGCAUAACCCUUUUAGCGAAGGAACUCCCAACAAUACAGUCACGCAAGAGCUCAGGAAACAAAGAUCAUUUAAUGAUGAGCCUCGAAGGAACGCACCGCCGCUCACACGGCAUUCUGGGCCACAGGAGGACCUCUGCUUUUCUACAGACAAAGACCAGAACUGCCUGGAUGUUAACGCACAACCAGUCUCCAAGCAUGGUUUCAGGCAGGACAGCAGUGAGCGUCUGGUGUUGGCUCCGCCCCGCUCCGUUCGGUCCAAGCGCUCCUCGGGCAGACUCAGUGGCUGUGAGCGGUCUAGGUCACUGUGCUCAUCUCCGCUGCCUGAUCCCAGUCCUCCCCUCACCUCCUCAUCAUCUUCUAGCCCUAGCGAGUGGGGAGUGCAGAACCGUGUUCCCAGUCCAGCCCGAGGUUUGUCUCGAGGGCCCAGUCCCAUUUCUCUGAGCACUCAGGAAUCAUGGCCCGUAGCAGCAGCCAUCACAGAGUACAUCAAUGCUUACUUCAAAGGAGGAGAACACAACCGCUGUCUAGUUAAGAUCACCGGUGACCUCACCAUGUCAUUUCCUGCUGGGAUCACCCGCAUUUUCAACGCCAACCCCAACGCACCUGUGCUUAGCUUUAGAUUGGUCAACAUCUCUCGAGUGGACCACUUCUUACCCAACCAAAAGUUACUCUACAGUGAUCCAUCACAGAGUGACCCAGACUCUAAAGAUUUCUGGUUCAACAUGCCGGCCUUAACGCUUCAUCUGCAGAGAGAGGCAGAGCUCAACCCACAGGCCUCUUAUUACAAUGUGGCUUUGCUCAAAUACCAGGCAUCAUCUCAGGAUCCGGGUCGUGCCCCCCUGCUGCUGUCUGCUGAGUGUCAGCGCAGUGGCACAGUCACCCGUGUGUCUCUGGAUUACCACUGCUGCCCUGCAACCGCCCCUGCCACCCAACUGACCUCCGUACAAGUGCUGCUGCCCCUCGAUCACACUGCCACCGACCUGCAGUGUCAGCCGCCCGCAUCCUGGAACGCUGAAGAAAGACGUCUCUUAUGGAAGCUACCCAACCUUUCUCCGACCAAUCACAGCAAAGGGUCUGGCACAUUGUGUGCCAGUUGGCAGUGCCUUGAGGUGCCCCGGGGUCCUCCCCCAAGCCUGGCUGUUCAGUUUGUUGGAUCUGGGGCGUCUCUCUCAGGCAUGAAUGUUGAGCUGGUGGGCAGCCGAUACCGCAUGUCCCUGGUGAAGAAGAGGUUUGCCACAGGAAAGUACAUGGCUGGAUGUUCUUUGUGAGCGAGGUGAUGGUGCCUGGUGUGGUACCACAUGCACAAUAUUUGCACUUUUUUCAACCCCCUGAGCUACAAUUCAUAUUGUCCACUAGUGGGACCUGUAUAGGAAAUGGAUAUUACCCACUCUAGGAACCAUGCACUGGAACUGGGGACCACAACCAGCUUGAGAUCUGGGAUUUCCUGGUCUACAGAUGAUAAAUCCAAGAAUCUGUACUCUUAUCUGUAUAUACUGUUUGGUCUGUGCACCUUUUUGAAGUUUAUAAAACUGGAUGUAAAUUUGUCAUUUUGGUGCAAAUUUGUGAACGAA